AUGUCUUAUUCUUUAAAGGAUCGGGGCCGGCAGCUCCUCUCUAUUGGCAAAGAAUGUGAGAAUAUUAAAACUGUUCUUCAUGAAAUUGGACAUGCUAUUGGUUUUUUCCACGAACAAUCCCGAUCAGAUCGAGAUUCUUACAUCAAAGUUAUGAAAGAUAAUUUUAUAGAGAAAGAUUCAAGGUUUGAAAACCAGUUUUAUGUAUUUAAAACCGCGUCAGAUAGUAUGGGAUAUCCUUACGACUUUGAGUCAAUUAUGCACUACCCUGGAGAUUUAGGGGCAAAAAAUGGAACGAAAACGAUGGAAAUAUUGGAAAAAUACCGAUAUCUAAACUUUACACUAGGGAUGAAAGAAGAUUUAACUUUUUUGGAUAUUGCCCGAGCUCGAGCUAUGUACAAAUGCAAUAAGAUUCCUAGUCCAGAAAGCAAAAUGGUCUGUGUUAGCAGGAAAACAAAAGGUCGUGAUUACAGAGGGAAGUUGGAUUACACAGAGAAAGGUGUUAUGUGCCAACCCUGGAAUAAGAAGUAUCCGCAUUCUCAUAAUUACAGUUUGUCAACCAACGAAGACGGACUUGGUGAACAUAAUUAUUGUCGCAAUCCAGCUGGCAAACGAAAACGUCCAUGGUGUCUUACAACUCUAACGAAUCAUAAAUGGCAAUACUGCGAUUUAAAAUUAUGUCAAAAUUGA